AUGGGAUGCAUCACGGCCAUUCUUUUGCCACCUGUCACUGUCAUCCACCCUCUCAUGUCGUCAGCCACCGUCACCAUCCCGGUUGCUGCCCCCAUCUCAUUAAUUGCAUCUGCCAUCCAAUCGGUGCCCGACACGUCAUCACACACCCACAAAUCCACAGCUGCCCAGCUGAAGCCACACUGGCCCCAAGUUCUCGCAUCAGAAGAUAUACCCUACAGAAAGAUGGCUGCCCGCUGCCAAGCAUUAGACGGGGCACAUAUUGCUCCGAUGGCUUGCAGCCCCGGCGAAACAUUUUCAUCAAAUGCGCAAUUACAGCCGUCCCUUGCAGCAGCUGCCGUACCAGACACACGGCUACCCCUUGCUGCAGCUUCAGUUACAGCAGGAGCAUCAGCAGGAGGAGAGUCAGGGGUAGGAAUAGGAGCAGGAAGAGGAGGGACAGGAGGAGGGGCAGGAGGAGUGGUGAGAGCAGUGGCAGCAGCACUGCCAUCCGUUGUAGGCAUAGUGGUUGGGGGAACCGUGUGGGGCUCUGGAGUGAUCAUCUCCCCCUCUGGCCUCAUACUCACCAACGCUCACAUCCUCACUCCCUUGCUCAAGGAGCGCAUGCAGCAAGCAGAUGCAGGAGAAGCGGGUCAAUCACAACACAGCAGCGGUCUGGCCGUCCGUCCCAUUCGCCCGAGUGCCUCUGAGCUUGAGUGUGGGUCCACAGCUGUCGUCAUUGGCUAUGCUGUAUUCCCGCCCGCCCUGGCCACUCCCCCGUCAGUCUUCUCAGGCAUUGUCUCUCGCAUCGUCACAGUCGACCCGGAGCACGAGCACGAGAAAGAGCAUCCGCAGCAGCAGCAGCAAGAGCAGAGACUUGAUAUCACCGAGAGCAGCAGCACUGGCGCACCUGAUGGGUUGAGAGGCGGGGAGCGAGAGGUAGAGGCGUGUCUAAGCACAGCGGAGCAGAUAGGGGAGCAUGAUCAAGGGAGCAGAGGAGGGAAGAGAGGGGGGAGGGUGGCAGCGAUGGUGCUGACGACAGCAGCAGUGCAUGCCGGGGCGAGUGGAGGAGCAGUGGUGAAUGCACAGGGGGAGAUGAUCGCCCUUGUUACAAGCAAUGCGAAGCACAACCGCCACGGCACCAUCCUCCCUCACCUCAACUUCUCCAUCCCCCUCGCCCUCCUCCAACCCAUCUUCCACUUCGCUUCAUCCCUCCACACCUCCCUCCACUCCUCCCACCACACCUCCCACCAUUCCUCCCACCACACCUCCCACUCCCCUCACUCCUUCCCUCCUCCAUUCUCCCCUGCGUGGGCCUCCGUCGUCCAUCCCCUUCUCUCCCUCCUCCUCCUCCCCCUCAACACCCCCUCCCCUGCCAUCCACGCCCUCUGGUCCCUCGCCCCCUCCUCCCAUCUCACUCCUCCAGACGUCCCUCGUCUCAUCUCCCCCUCAGUUCAAACAAACAGGCCCAGGUUAUGA